AUGGAUCUACUGGUCUCUUUGCGUUUCAGAAUGGAUAAAUCCUGGAUGAGUACUGAUAGAACGAAGAAACAUUAUAGAGAAGGAGUUGCGGCGUUUCUGCGGUAUGCUGUCAACCAUCUCAAGGAGGAGGGUGAGACAUAUGAUGAAUUUCUUAUGUUGUGUCCGUGUACAAAUUGUUUAAAUCUCUGUGCAUGCUCCGUUGGCGACGUAGAAGAUCAUUUAUUCGUAAAUGGAAUCGAUCAAACGUAUACUAUUUGGAAUAAGCAUGGGGAAAAGGAUGAGGCAAUAACUAGUAGUAAGCCAGUUAACGUCAACAAUGGUAUGCACGCUGAAUUUGAAAUGGGAACUCCCACUGAUGCUCCAGACGAAGAUUUUGGAAUGGGAACUCCCACUGAUGCUCCAGACACUAUAGAUAUGAUGCAGGCUGCAGAAGAGUUCGCAGAUGACCCUAUAAAGUUUAAAAAGUUACUUGAAAAUGCUGAAAAGCCCUUAUACGAAGGAUGUCCCAACUUCACAAAGUUGUCUGCAAUUGUGCAGUUGUUUAAGUUGAAGAGUAAGCACGGUGCAUCAGACAUGUUUUUUAAUGAAUUGUUACCCUUGUUAAAGGACAUGCUUCCCAAAGAAGGGUACACAAAGAUACAUGCAUGUAUCAACAACUGCAUUCUUUAUUGGAAUGAGUACAAGGAUGAAAAAGUGUGUCCUACUUGUAAAGAACCCAGAUGGAAAGUUGACAGGGAUGGUAAAGUUUACGAGAAUGUUCCAGCAAAGGUAUUGUGGUACUUCGACAUCAUCCCAAGAUUUCAGCGGCUGUUUCAAUCGAAGCACACAGCAAAAGAUUUGAUAUGGCACGAUACCACUAGAAACAAAGACGGUGUUUUACGUCAUCCGGCAGACUCACAUGCUUGGAGAGAGAUAGAUAACAAUUUCCCAGAAAUUAAAGGUGAUCCAAGAAAUCUGCGGUUAGCUGUUUCGGCUGAUGGAGUUGAUGUAAACACAGAUGGUGCGCCUGGAAACAACAUCGAUGUCUUUUUAGAACCUCUUGUUAAAGAUUUUCAAUUCUUAUUUGAGAAGGGAAAGAGAACAUGGGAUGCAUAUUCCCAAGAAAUGUUUACUCUACGUGCAGUUGUUUUGUGGACGAUAAACGAUUAUCCUGCUCUUGGUACACUAUGUGGUUGUCGCUACGCUGGAUAUCAUGGUUGUGUGGUGUGUCGUAAAAAAACGCACAGUAUUAGGCUUCAUGACUCAAACAAGAAUGUUUAUGUUGGUUAUAGAAGAUUUUUACCCUAUGAGCAUCCGUUCAGAAGGCAGAAGGGGGCAUUUGGCGGAAAACAAGAGCGGGAGACUGCUCCAGAACCAAUGACCGGGGAAGAAAUAUAUGAGGAGAAUGUGGGACAAAGUCUUGUUGGAACGUUGCUGCACAACGGGAAUACAAAAGAUGGAUUAAACGCCAGAAAGGAUUUGGUGCGUUUGGGGUUAAAAUCGGAGUUACACCCUAAGACAGAUGACAAAGGAACGAUACUUCCCGCAGCAUGUUAUACAUUAACUACGGAAGAAAAAGACAUAUUCUUGGAGACACUAUUCGAGUUAAGAGUUCCAGAAGGGUAUUGUUCGGAUUUUUCCACCCUUGUGAACCUAAAAGAGCGUAAGCUGAUCGGACUCAAAUCACAUGAUUACCAUAUGCUUAUGCAACAAUUUUUGCCCGUCGCUAUUCGAUCAAUUAUGCCUACACCUGUGAGAUAUGCUAUUAUCAGGUUUUGUUUCUUUUUCAGAUCAAUAUCUGCCAAAGAAAUCAUGGUGGAAGAGCUAGAUAAAUUGCAAGAGGAUCUCUGUGUGACGUUAUGCUUACUAGAGAAGUAUUUUCUUUCAUCCUUCUUUGACAUCAUGAUUCAUGUAACUGUACAUCUUACCAGGGAAGUGAAGUUAUGCGGUCCGGUUUGCUUUCGAUGGAUGUAUCCUUUCGAAAGGUGUAUGAAGGUUAUAAAGGGGCAUGUGCGAAACAAGAAUCAACCUUGUGGAUGCAUUGCCGAAGAGAAUGUUGCAGAAGAGACGAUUGAGAUAUAUUGUGAGUACCAUAAAAGCAUCAGGACAAUUGGUAUUCCACUAGAUAGGCAUAAUACAUCUCAGGAGGGAGAACCGUUAUCAGCUGAAGAGCCGUGUAUAGUUACCCCUGAACAGUUGAGACAAGCACAUUUCUAUGUAAUGCAGAACACGCCUGAAAUUGAGCCUUACAUAGACCGACACAAGCUAUAUUUGGAAACUAACUAUUCUACUAAAAAGCGAGCAUGGCUAGAGAAAGAGCACUCUAACACUUUUGGCGCUUGGUUAAAAAAUGAGGUUGAAAAAGAGUUGGCAGACGAAAGAGAAAGUAUCUCAGAGAACUUAAGAUGGAUAUCACACGGCCCGCACUACGAGGUAACGAAAUACACUGUAUAUCGCAUCAAUGGAUAUCUAUUCCGCACAAGAUCCCGUGAUGGUAGAAUUCACCAGAAUAGUGGGGUUAGCGUUGCAGCAAAUGACAUGCACAUAUCUAGAGAUGAUGAUGUUACAUAUGGUAAAGCCUCUUAUUAUGGUGUCUUGCAAGAGAUAUGGGAGUUAGAUUACUGUGAAAGAAAAGUUCAUCUGUUCAAGUGCAAUUGGGUUGAUAAUAAACGUGGGGUCAAAAGAGAUGCUCUUGGCUACAAGAUUGUUGACCUUACUAUGUUGGGAUACAAAAAUGAUCCUUUUAUUUUAGCCUCACAAGCUAAGCAGGUAUUUUAUGUCAAAGACCAGUUAGAUAAGAAAAAGUCUAUUGUUUUUGUGACACCUCCCAAAAAUUAUAGAGAUGACGAUGGCAACGAUAAGGAAUUCAGUACAGUAAUCUUUUCUGCGAAUGAUAAUAUCUUGCCGUCUGUAGAUCCACAAGACUUGGGUAAAGAAUCCCGAAAUGAUUACUUCCGAACUGACUGCCGAGGUUUACUUAUACGCAAGCCAAAAUGA